AUGUUUGGCCCUUUUAAGUCUACAAAUACGCUACUGGGUGGGCUGCUGUGGAAAAUUCCCGCGACGAUGUCCCGGCCCCAAAAACAACGACAAAGACAUAGACUUCAAAAUGUGGAUGCAGUGCUCCGGAACUUAAAUUUGGGCCUGCACACGGCGAGAUCGAUGGCCAAAGGUGUACCAUACGAAACUGCGAUAGACAGCAGCAAACUGCUGAAGCCGGGCGUGAAAAAGUUGCGUAUUAUGAACAAGAACUCGCUGUUCCCACCGGAGAAACAGAUGUCGUACCGCGACAAAUACACUUAUUUCAACAAACAGGCCAAACAGUACCGUAAAGGUAUGCACAUGCUGCCCAAGUGGACCAAGGUGUCGCAGAGACGCAACCCUCGCUUUUUCUGA